AUGUGGCCUCCUGGCCCGGCCUGUGCCCGGGGGGUCGAGGGAGCCACGGGCAACCCGAAGGGGCGCGAAAAUCUGCUCACGCCCCCGCUGACCUCGCGGCCUGGGCUGGCAGGGGGCCAGCUGCCCUCCAGGUACGCCUCCUGGGCGUGCGACGGCCUGACGACCAGGGAGGUCCAGCUGCACUGCUGCAAGGUGAAGGGCCGCCAGGUGUGCGUGAGGCGCUUCGUGGACGCGACGGGCGGGGCCGAUUGCAACUGCCGCUCCGGCGGGCUCCCCAGGGCCGAGCCGCCGCCCGAAGCUGGGCCCCCGGCCGAGGCCGCCGCGGGCCUCGGCGUGGUGGCCCUAUCCUUGGCGCGGACGGCGAGGCAGGGCGGCGGGCGGUGGCCGCCCUGCGCCGCCAGCCGGAGGGGCUGGCGAGUCCGGCGUUUCCUGUGA